CGUUUUCGACGUCAAAGGUCGUCAAAAUGUCUCGCAUGAACCACUUAGCCUAAAAGCUAGCAGCUCAGUUUUGCCCCUUUUUUUUUCGUUGAGGUUUGCGUUCUUUUCGUUUGAACACUCGGGUUCGGCUCUAGAUGGCGGCCAGGAGGUCGCCAUGAAACUCCGGCUUCAGAAUGACAGGAGUGAGUCUCGAAGAGCCGUGAAACUGAGGGAGUCUCCUGCUGUGAUGCAGCCUAACCCAGGUGACCGGGCUGUUCCUGCAGGGAAUGGUCUGUCCUUGGAUCUGCAAGCAGAGCUGCUGGUCGGGGCUCCGGUCACUGCCGCCGCCGCUGCUUCCAGCACUGACAGCGGGGAGGUGAGGGUAUCCAUGAGUGGGGCCUCUGGAGACCCCAAUGGAGGCGCGUCGUCCAAGAGGUCGAGGGUCAACUCUCACUCGCACACCCACUCUCACUCCCACUCCCACGGCCGGGCACAGCUCCACUCCACUUCAGAGGCCGAGCCGCCGCCGUCUGACGCGGAUGCCGGGGAGGCCGGCGCCUCCCUGACCGAGCUUCGCUGCUUGUUCCGAUGGGUCCAGAAGAGUCUUCCCUUCCUGGUUAUCCUGUGCGCUAAGCUGGUCAUCCAGCAUGCUCUGGGUUUAGCGGUUGGUGUGGGCCUCCUGACAACUUUUCUAUAUGUGAAUAAAAACAUCCAAACUCAAGUCUUUCUGCAGGAUCGUCACUCGAAGCUGCAGUGCAUAUGGCUGCUAGUCUUCCUCGUCUCCUCCGCCCUCCUGCUGUACUACACAUUUCUCUCAGAGACACUUUACCACUCACUCAUCUUCUUCAGCCCGACCAUUGAGUCUCUGGGUUUCUGGGAGAUUCUUUGGGCAGUCGGCAUCACAAACUUCAUAAUAAAGUUCCUUUUUAUGGGAAUAAAGUGCCUUAUCCUGCUGGUGCCCUCCUCGCUGGUGACCUACAGAACCCAGGGUCGGUGGCUGAUGGUGACAGAGGAGCUGGGUCAAGUCCACCAAGCUAUAGCACCUGUUCCACUGUGGUUCCGUUACCUGGUUACCUACCAGGAGUCCGAUGGGGCCCCCGGGCUCACCCUCGGGGUCCUGUUGGCUUUAUGCUACCUCAUGCUGAAGCUCUUAGGAUUGUACAACCAGCGGAUGACUUUGCUGAAAACUGUGAGGCUAUUUCUAGCGGGCGAGCAUACGGGCUCGGCAGCAACGAGAGCUCAGUGCAGCGAGGCUGGAGACGUAUGUCCCAUCUGCCAGGGAGAGUACAGAGUGCCUCGGGUGCUAAUCUGCCAGCACGUAUUCUGUGACGAGUGCAUCGCCCUGUGGUUUAACCGGGAGAAGAGCUGCCCCCUCUGCCGCACAGUCAUCACAGACAAGGUGUACAAAUGGAGGGAUGGAGCGACAUCUCCACACCUGCAGAUCUACUGAUUCAUGAGGCCCGUACGCUGAGUGUGUGCAUGUGGGACAGCGGUAUUAUUUUGUAUGGAAUCCAAGUUUUCUCUUUCCUUCUUAAACUCCACCAGCGUUUGUUGCUAUAGACGUUUGCAGUAGACUGCUAAGGGCUAGGCUUCCUGAGAGCCAGAGUCACUGAGGACAUGAGUUGCACAGCUUGCAUGUUUCUCUACCAGGUCAUCUCCUCUUCCAGGGAAAUCUGACAUGUGUCCUAAAGUAUUUUUUCCUUUCCACUUUGUUUCCUUUUGAGUAGAAUCACUUUUUUUUUUUUUUUUACCUUUUAUGGCAAUAUAAACCUUCCAGGUGGGGCUAAAAUUGCUCUGCUGCCAUAGUUUUGGGAUAUGAGGAGAAUUGCAUCAAGUAUUUCAAACUCGAACAAAUUCACAACAAAUUUGUGGUUUUCAGCCAGCAGUCUCUAGUGUUGGUGCAGUUUUCUGAUAAACUUAAAAAGGGGUGUACCUCUGCUCUAGAAUGCUAAAUUCUUAGGUUUUUUUUUCUUUUUCAUGUCUCAUUAAAAAAAAAUCAACGGAGAUUCAUUUACACAUAAAUUAUUUUUCUAUUCGGGUGACUUCACUGUUUUGUAAAGACCAAAGAUUGGGAUCUAUUUUAUGUAUUAAAAUAAUUUCCAUUUUAUUCAUCAACUAUCUGAAUAAAGAUUUACAUUUAAAUUAU